AAGAAAAAAAACAGAAUUCAUUAAACUUCUCGUAGACUCAGUGAAAGAAGUUUACAAAUACAACAUGAAUGGACAUACAAUAGACCUUAUACUUGCAAGUCCUCGAUUUUUUUUUCUAAGUUAAUUUGGGCCACUAGCCCAGAGGAGAUCCCAUUUCUUUCCAACCUACCUGAACCAUCUGCUUAUUAUACUUCAGCAUCGUCAUCAUAAACAUAUUUAUUUAUUUCACUGGUAAACUCUGCGAGCCUUAUAAAAGACGCGUGUGCGUGGUGGAAAGCUGGAGAGCAGCAUAUGGAUUAUGGAUGUGUGAAGCGCAUCAGUUCAGUGAGGUGAGGAUUACUGUAGGUCCAAACGCAAAGGAAGAUACGCAUUUAAAAAAAUCUGCUUGGCUAUAUCAACAUGACAACUUUUGAUUUUUCGGACGUGGAGGCAUUUCUAGACUGCCAUCCCGAGCUUUUUGAGGAAUAUCUCAUGAGGAAAGGAAAAAGUGAGACAUUGAGCAGGUGGCCCAAAGAGCACCAACCGUCCAAAACCUCUCCGGUGGAAGAGAAGCGCGGAGUCGCCAGAGAUCCGUUCUGGCCCACGAACCCAGACGGACUGAGGCGCAGAUCGUCUCACAUGGAGCUCCGCAGGAACUUUGCCCGGUCCAAAGCGAUGACGGCGCACCGGACCUACGACGAGCACGUCAGUCUCACUGCCCACGAGUCCCAUUCGAGCAUGCGACGGCGCGCGCUCCUGCGGAAAGCCAGCUCGCUACCGCCGACCACCGCGCACAUCCUGAGCGCGCUCCUCGAGUCCCGAGUGAACGUGCCUCAGUAUGCCUCAAGCGCUAUUGACUACAAAUACCGACUCAAGGAGUCCAACGAGAGAGAGUUUUUCCUCGAGCUCGUAAAGGACGUUUCUAACGAGCUUGACAUGACCAACCUGAGUUACAAGAUUCUCAUCAAUGUGUGCAUCAUGGUGAACGCGGACAGGUGCUCGCUCUUCCUCGUCGAGGGUCCGUCUCAUAAGAAGAUCCUCGUGUCCAAGUUUUUUGACGUGCACUCGGGAACGACGGUCCGACCCUCCUCGAGCACCCUUGACUCAAAUGAGGUGCAGGUUCCGUGGGGAAAAGGCAUCAUAGGCUAUGUAGCCGAACACGGAGAAACAGUCAAUAUACCCAACGCAUAUGAGGAUCAUCGUUUCAGCGAUGAAAUUGACAAGUUGACUGGCUAUAAGACUCAGUCUAUUCUGUGCAUGGCCAUACGCAACAGUGAUGGUGAGGUCAUUGGUGUAGUUCAGGCCAUCAACAGGAACCCCAGUGGAACUCCAUUCACUGAAGAUGAUGAGAAGGUGCUGCAAAUGUAUUUGCCAUUCUGCGGAAUAUCGAUCUCCAAUGCCAAACUCUUCUCUGAAUCCCGUAAGGAGUAUGAUAGGAGCAGGGCACUGUUGGAGGUGGUGAAUGAUCUGUUUGAGGAGCAGACGGACCUGGAGAAGAUUGUGAGGAAGAUCAUGCAGCGCGCGCUGACGUUGCUACAGUGCGAGCGCUGCUCGGUUCUUCUGCUAGAAGACAUCAGCUCCCCUGUGGUGAAGUUCUCCCAGACAUUUGAGCUCAUGUCUCCACUGUGCAGCGUUGAUCGUGACAUCAGCAUGGAGAAGGUGUCGUGCUCGGACUGGUUGAUCAAUAACAGCAUUGCUGAGUUGGUAGCAUCUACCGGCUUGCCUGUUAACAUUAGCGACGUCUGUCAGGACCCACGCUUCGAUGCUGAAGCAGACCAGGCUUCCGGUUUCCACAUCAGAUCAGUUUUGUGUGUCCCCAUCUGGAAUGGGACCCAUCAGAUUAUUGGUGUUGCCCAGAUACUGAACCGCUUGGACCGGAAAACCUUUAAUGAUGCAGAUCAAAGAUUGUUCGAGGCAUUUGUUAUUUUCUGUGGUCUGGGCAUUAACAACACUAUGAUGUAUAACCAGGUUAAGAAGACUUGGGCCAAGCAGUCUGUUGCGCUAGAUAUGCUGUCCUAUCAUGCGACAUGCUCCAAGGCAGAGGUUGAUCGUCUGAAGGCUGCUAAAAUACCCCUAAGCAGCGAGCUUGGGAUCGAUGAGUUCCACUUCAAUGACUUUUCUCUGGACAACGAUGCCAUGAUCACCGCCUCCCUGCGGAUGUUUUUGGAGCUUGGCGUCGUGCAGAAAUUUAAAAUUGAUUAUGAGGUGCUGUGCCGGUGGCUGCUUACCGUCAGGAAGAACUACCGCACUGUAGCUUACCACAACUGGAGACACGCCUUCAAUGUGUCGCAGUGCAUGUUUAUCAUGAUCACAACUGCUGGGUUUCAGGAAGUGCUGACAGACACUGAGAAUCUGGCUCUUAUGGUCGGAUGUCUCUGCCAUGACUUGGAUCAUCGUGGAACAAACAAUGCCUUUCAGGCCAAGUCUGGCUCUGCACUAUCACUGUUGUAUGGAACAUCAGCCACACUUGAGCAUCAUCAUUUCAAUCACGCAGUCAUGAUUCUACAGAGCGAGGGGCACAACAUCUUUGCUAAUCUAUGCUCCAAAGAGUACAGCAACAUGAUGCAGCUGUUGAAGCAGGCCAUUCUGUCCACAGAUCUCACCUUGUACUUCAAGAGAAGAACCAAAUUCUUUGAGCGUGUUCUGUCCGGUCAGUUCAGUUGGAGCAAUGAGGAACACAGAGAAAUCUUCAGAUCCAUGCUGAUGACUGCAUGUGACUUGGGUGCUGUGACCCGACCGUGGGAGAUCUCAAAACAGGUGGCUGAACUGGUGACCAGUGAAUUUUUUGAACAGGGAGACAGAGAGAGAUCAGAGCUAAAGUUGACACCAGCAGCAAUUUUUGAUCGUAAUCGUAAAGAUGAACUUCCUGUACUCCAGUUGGAAUGGAUUGAUGGGAUCUGUAAGCCCCUGUAUGAGGCUCUUGCCAAGUUGAAUAGGAAGCUACAACCGAUGGUAGAUGGAAUAGGUGCAAAUCGAAAGAAGUGGGAGGAGCUCUGUCUGUCCUAUCAGCAAACACAGAGAGCCUUGGAGGCAGGAGAGUGUAUAGAGGUGUGUCUGUGUGCAGACUCCGCCCUCGAGGCGGAGUCAAGUCCGUGUGAAACAGCCUAUAAUUACAAAGACUCCACCCAUGUGGUGGAGCCAAAUCAAACCCCAGUGGCCAAUUAAAAAGAAGAGGCGGAGUAAGGGAGGGGGACGCUGACUUAAAUACUCUUAUAAAACAAAAGCACUGUUACUCUGUGAUUGCCAUAAUGGUAUUUUCUACUAAAAUGUAUUUAGUCAUUUAGAUUACAAGUGAAAAAGAUUUUCUAUUUUAAAAAAUAAUAAUUAUUAUUAAAUCAACAACCCACACUAGAUUGUAAAAUUUUGUUGCUAGUACUAUAAUGCCUAUUUGUAAAAAAAACUGAAUAUGUCCAGGACAUUCAAGAGCACAAAAUUUGUAAAUGCUCACAUGGUGUUUUACAAAGUCUGUCACCACAUAUAGGAUGAGUAAAACAAAAUAGUUUCACUAAAGUGAAAACUUGACAAACACUAAACACCAGAAGCUGAGCAUUGAUUAACUGAAUGUAUUUAAUAUCACUGUGAUUUUUAGCUGGUGUUUCUUGAGAUUUAAUGAAACCUAAAGCAAUUACAAAUGCUGAUGUGUAUAAGAUCAUAUUGAAUAUUUUCAAAAUGGUAGAAAUGCACUACACAAAAACGUACCACACAAUCUAACCAUAUCAGUCAAGUACAUAAAUAUUACUAGUGUAUGCAAAAUAAAGUUUACUAUAUGCGUUGCACAUGAAUGCAUACCGUGUUUACACAGUUAAAAAACAGAUUAGGAAUCCAGAAUAAAUGUGAAUAAGUCUACUUGUUUUUAAGCUAACUACAGUAUCAGGGAUAUAUAUGAUUAAAUGUAUUAGAAGGGGACCGGUUACCACCUAUAAGGUACAUGAUGCUUAUCUAGUCUUACAACGUUUAAGUAUGCCAGAUGUUUCUUAAAGGUUUGCAAAUGACUUAAGAAAGAAUAAAAAAAAAUGUUUGCAUGCAAAACGCAUGUCAUGUUGAUUUUUGUUACUUUUUUGUAAUGUGAAAUUGAAGCUUUUUGAAUGCAUAACAAAGGGUGCAAUUGAUGGUCAUGAAAUGCAUGCUGCAUAUGAGCAACAAUAGCAACUUCCAAAGCUUCCUGCUUUAAAUGGGAAUCUUACAUUGUGCAGUCUUGCUACUAAAGUCCAUCAAUGUCCACACUGAUGAGAUUAUUACAUUAUGUGCUCCUUCACUUGAGUCUUUCUGCCUUAUUCAAAUGAAACGUUCAGUAAUUUUUUUUACAUUUAUUUAUCAUAGCUUGAAAAAUUAUUUCUACUCUGAAAAGGAAGGUCAGAACAGAAAAAGCUUUUAUAUUUUGUUAUUGCUAACAUAAAAUGCUUAUAUUCUGUAUUUAUAUGGUGCCUCAAUGAGUCUCUUCUAGAAAGAUUUUCAUUCUUUUCUUUCUGUGGCUUUUACACCAAUAAUGUCAAAUGAAAGACUGAUGUACUGUGGUUUGUUAGCGGUACACAGGGUCUUGUCUUGCCAGGCUGGUUGCUGGUCAUUUUCCUCAGGCUAUUUUGGAAAUAAAGAACA